AUGGUAAGUGAUCUUUUUGAGAAAGGUGACCCAUCACGUUGGGUCGUUCUCACUCUUUUUUGCCUCUUCAGCGCCUCUAAUGCCAUACAAUGGAUCACCUAUGCACCUAUUGCUAUCGCUGCUAAGGAGUUCUUUGGACUUACCACCAGCGAGCUCAACAUGCUAUCCACUGUGUAUAUGAUUGUUUUUGUCGUUGGGGCGUACUUUAGCAGUACAACCUUUGAGAAGUGGGGCGUACGGCAAGGACUUAUUCUUGGUUGUUUUCUCAAUGCUUUGGGCUCGAUCCUGAAAGUUGUCUACGGUAUGCAACGUCCAGGCUUCACCCCACUGAUUAUUUCCCAAACAUUCAACUCCGUAGCGCAGCUCUUUGUGCUCUCGACACCGCCGUUGAUUGCUUCACAGUAUUUUCCUCCCCCAAAGCGCGCCCUCGCAACCACGAUUGCGUGCACCGCGAACAACCUCGGGAACGCCGUCGCCCUGUUUUUCCCGCCCUUUGUCGUGCAGACGGGGACUUCAAAAGAAUUCUACGUUCUUUUCGGUUUGGAGAUGGGGGUUUGCAUCUUCAUUUUGGUGUUGGUGUUCUUUUUCCUCAAACCCCCACGCUAUGGGGGCCUGAGAAAGGCUAUGAUGAACGCCGAUACCCUCCCUGCCGCGCCAGAGUUGGUUGCUGCGGACGCGGCCGGGGAUCGCUCGGGCUCUCAACUCGGGUGGUUCAACGAGGAGCCUCACGGGAUGCGGGAGGGGGAAGGCGAGGUGGGCGAAGUGCGGCUUUCGGAGCGGAUCUCCAUGGACGCCUUCGACCUCCCCGAGGCGAGCGGCCCGUCGGAUCGCGACGCCCCCCUCGCGCGAGGGCAGCUGCCACAGCGGGGGCAGAAAGGAGGCUGGUCGUUCGCGGUCUGGCGUGGUGAUUUCGCGCGGGAGCUUGUCAAGGUGAGCCGCACCGUUGGCAAGCUCUGCCGGAAGAGCGAUUUCCUUUUCCUUUUUGGUGCCUUCAGUAUUAGUAUGGGCAGCGUGUGGACCUACGCGUCAGUAUUAUCGCAGGUUCUCUAUCCGUUCGGGGUCUCGGCCGAGCUGGCGGGGAUCGCGGCCGGGAUGAACGUCGUGGCGGGCACCAUCGUAUCGUACAUCGUCUGCAUCUGGGUGGAUCGUAAGCGACGCUAUAAAUUUCCGAUUAUCAUUUGCCUGACGGGCUCUCUUUUCUCCUGCUUAGGUCUUUUGAUACUUCUGAUUAAGGCACCCAGCCCAUCGACCCUUAUCGACGUGUUAUCGACCACGUUUGUUAUUAUUUCUGGGAUCUUUCAGAACACGACGAUACCCGUCUGCUUUGAGUUCGCGAUGGAGAUCGCAUUUCCGCUGCAGGAGUCCGUACCUGGCUCGCUGCUCAUGGCGGGCGCGAAUUUGGCGUCGUUUAUAUUGGUGUCGGUCUCCUCUUUUAUGCUUGAGGACGACAACCCGACGAAACGGGCGGCGGUGAAUGUCGUUAUCCUCAUUAUAUCCGUGUGCGCAGUGGGCACAUUGCUUGUUUUGCCGCCCCGUGAACGUCUGAACAGGCGUGAUGCCGAGUUGCUAGCGAAGAAACAGAUGAUUUUGCUUGAUCAUAAAGGUCGUCCGGCGAGUGCGGAACCCGACCGUACUCAUCCCUCUGUCCAAGAAGAAGACUCUUGA